AUGGUCAACGUGUCUGCAGUUCGUGAGAGCUUGGCCCAGGCCGCCCAGUCCACACGCGUGGCUAUGCGCUGCCUCAACACUGGGCGAGACUCCCACGAUGCUUCACUGCGGGCACUGUCGCUGCUUACGGAUAUGCUCGACCUCCUCUAUUGCAUCAAGGACGAGAUAUGCUGGGCCGAAGAAAAGUGGUUUGUCGCAGUCGGUCGGCUGCGCGAUCUGAGUGAGUUGCUCUCGUGGUUCGGGUCGACCAUGAGAUCGAUUGAGCUCUAUUUUCAGCCGGGAGGUGUGAGCCCUUUCUACUUUAGGAAGCAUCUCUUGGACAAGUCAUACAUUCCUCGCCUGGAACAAUAUAAGAUCAUGUUUCUGCUAUCCAUGCAGCCUGAGUCCGAGGAACGCGGAUUGCUAGACAAGGAGAUCAGAAGGAGCUUAAAAAGACACCGGGAGGUUGAGUCCGCGAACCUCGAAGUUGACCAGAAAUUCGAAGAGGAUACCCUGAAUCUCACAAGUCGAGUAUCCUCGAAACAUUUUAUAACGCUCGCCGACCUCUGCAAUAGACGCCAGCAAGGAAGUUGUUCAUGGAUUUUUGAAAACUCAAACUUCAAACAAUGGCUGUUUGGGAGCUCGCGAACCCUGUAUUGUGUUGGGCCUCCUGGCGCGGGCAAAACAUUCUUAUCAUCUGCAAUUAUCGAUUUCCUCCAGAAGACUUUCACCUCGCCAGAUGUCGCGACGGUAUUCGUCUUUUGCCAAGAAGAGGGCAGCAAAGAGCCUUCUUCGAUAGAUCUCAUGAAGAACAUUCUUGCACAGCUGAAGCUACCACAGCAAGCUCAACUUCUGGUCACCCUCCGCGAUAUGGGUGGCAUCAAGUCACUGGAUGGUUCUGGAUACGUGAGCGUCUUUGCCUCGGCCGAUGACAUCGGCAUUUAUACCCUUACUCGGGCACGUACGGAUAAUAGCCUCCGUCAUAUGAUCGGUGUGGAUGAUCCAGAUCUCAGACUCGAGGACGGGAUAAUACACUCCGUGGUAGACAAGUCUCAUGGAAUAUUCCUCCUUGCAAAAAUUCAUCUCGAUCUUUUAUCUCAGUACAAAGAUCGUAGCCUCCUUGAACGGGCCCUGGCUCAUCUCCCAGAAAACUUGGGUGAGGCAUACGGAGAGGCAAUGAAGCAGGUCGUCAGCCAAAGUCCGAAUGCGACACGUUACAUCUACUGGGCGCUCUAUGCAUUCAGGCCGCUGACCAUUUCUGAAUUGCGAAGUGCGGUGGAUGACGAGGGACUUGAGGAGACUUUAAAAACUAUGUCUUUUGAACAGGCUUUGCAUAUCCAGAGUGGAGGUCUUUUGUUUGUUGACGCCUCGUCCGGGACUGUUCGUUUCGUCCAUCGAACGGCAAAGGAAUAUCUGGACGGUUCAGCUUCCCGGGUCUUCUUUCCCGGAGCACAGAAGGAUAUCUCGGAGGCUUGUCUUUCUGCUAUCAGUCUCGAUGAGGUUGUAGACGAAUGCUACAGCAACGACGGUGGCCCCUCCCGUGUAUUGAAGAAUGGAUUCCUCGAUUAUGCAGCCACUUAUUGGGGACUUCACGCUCGUGAGGUCGACCAAGAAGAACAGACUGUGCAAGUCUUGAUCAAAACAUUUCUCAACAAGCUGCUAUGGCGGAGGCCACCGCUUGAUUACCCCAGAGGGAAAGCAGAGGGUAUGCCUGAAGAGCUCGGAAUCGGUAAAUAUCCUAAUGACUGGACUGGCCUCCAUGUCCUUGCAUUUUUUGGAGUUCCCGGCAAAGCUCUACGUCUUCUUGAACAAGGAGUACCCAUCAAUGGCCAGGAAAAUGCUUUGGGUGUCACUCCUUUGCAUUGCGCUGUGUAUCAAGGCAACGAAGAAAUGGUCGAGUUUUUACUCGAGUGCGGAGCUAACGGCAACGCGACAAAUGCAGACGGUCAGACACCUUUACACAUUGCAGCCAAGAGAGGUCAUCGCAAAUGCAUGAAACUGCUUUUCGCCCAAAGGGUUGAUCUACACAUCGUUGAUCACUCAGGUGCCCCGAGUUUGCAUGCAGCUGUUGGGACGGCGACUGAUGAAUCCACCGUUCCACUUCUCGUCAAACAAAGACUAAACUUGAAUUUCCAAAACCCGAUCAAUGGCAACACUGCACUUCACCUUGCAAUCGCGUCUAGAAGACCAAGAAUCAUCUUGUUUCUGUUAGAGAAAAGCGCUUCCAUCGAUAUUGCCAACAACGAAGGUUUGACUCCUCUCCAGAUGGCAGCCAACAUGGAUAAUUGUGAGGCAAUAUCAUUACUUUUGCAGCAUUGUGCUUCAGUUGAAGCUCGUUUCAUCGCCGGUCCCACUGCACUUCAAUACGCGGCUUGGAAAGGUCACUGGAUUGCAUUCGACCUUCUUCUCAUCGGUGGAGCAGACAUCAAUGUUUGGAACAAGCAAGGCGAAACUCUGCUCCAUGAACAAGCUCGACACAGGGGAAAUAUCGAGGCUCGUACCUCCCAGGGCUACACACCGCUUCAAUGUGCUGCCAUUAAUGGAAAUAAAACGAUGUUCCAGUUAUUACUCGACAGGGGAGCCAAGAUUGAUGUCGUGACAGCGAAAGGCGAGACAAUUCUCCAUAUCACACCACCUACCAACCAAGAUUGUCUCGAGAUUCUGAAAACUGCCCUGGAUGAAGGCCUUGAUGCCAAGGCAACAUCCAGCCAAGGCUGGACUCCGCUUCAUCAAACCGUCUGGACGGGAACAGGUGCUCUUGACCUCGAGUCUGACAAAACGGCAGAGUACAUCCAGCUUUUGUUGACUAAUGGAGCAUCAAUCAACGACUGUUCAACUUCUGGGACCGUGGAAACUCCUCUUCAUCUCGCGACUACGGCCCCUAUCCCACGCCCUUCUCUCAUCGAGUUUCUCAUCAGAAAUGGAGCAAAUGUGAAUACCACCAACGGCGAAGGCAAAACUGCCCUUCAUCUUGCUGCUGAGCGCGGGCGGGAGCCGCUGUUUCGCACUCUACUUGACGCUGGUGCCGACCUGUCUCUCAAAAUUCCCACUGACAUCAAACCGUCGAUGAGUGUGGAUAGGGGGGAUAAAGGUGACAAAAAGGAUACCCCUAUCACUGCAUUGGAUCUUGCAAAGCAGAAUCCAUUUGGGUCCCUGUGGUUUGAUGAAAAUGGCAAGCUGCGUCCUGUUCGUCAAAGAAGUGGACGAGAUAGUGCCAAUACUGUGUUUGAGGAUAUGGAUUCAGACCUUGAUGGAUCAGGGUCGGGUUCUGGCUCAGCAAAGUCGGAAAUAGGGGGAUCUACCUUGGUAGGAAGCGAACCGCAAUUUCUGGCUGAGCCUGAGCAGUAUUAUGUAGUGGUUUGA